GCUGACCCGGCCUCUCUCCGCGCUCCCCGCCGCCCGGCGCGCAGGGCCCGGCCGCCGCCAUGUCGGGCCCGUUCGAGCUCUCGGUGCAGGACCUCAACGACCUGCUGUCGGACGGCAGCGGCUGCUACAGCCUGCCGAGCCAGCCCUGCAACGAGGUCAGCCCCCGGAUCUACGUGGGCAACGCGUCUGUGGCUCAAGACAUCCCCAGGCUGCAGAAGCUGGGCAUCACUCACGUCUUGAAUGCCGCUGAGGGCAGGUCCUUCAUGCAUGUCAAUACCAGUGCCAGCUUCUACAAGGACUCAGGCAUCACCUACCUGGGCAUCAAGGCCAACGACACACAAGACUUCAAUCUCAGCGCCUUCUUCGAAAAGGCCGCAGACUUUAUCGACCAGGCCCUGGCUCAGAAGAAUGGCCGAGUGCUUGUCCACUGCCGUGAAGGGUAUAGCCGCUCCCCCACGUUGGUCAUCGCAUACCUCAUGAUGCGCCAGAAGAUGGACGUCAAGUCUGCCCUGAGCAUCGUCCGGCAGAACCGGGAGAUCGGCCCCAACGACGGCUUCCUGGCCCAGCUCUGCCAGCUCAACGACAGACUCGCCAAGGAGGGGAAGGGAGUUGCCAAGUGAGUCACUUGGCACAUAUCAGGGAUGUCGUGGCUCGCUAAGACACGCUUUAAAUUGCACUCCAGGACGCACUCACCAGUCGGCCGAGGCAGGAAAGUGCCUUUUCCCGAGUGGGCAGGAUGAGGA